AUGGCAGAGAACUCAUCCCCUUUGAGUCCACGGAGUCGCCCUCUUAAGGCCGGUCCUUCAUGCGUUUCUCCGUGCUUAGAAGACUCUGAUGGCUUAGGAGACGGUCUUUCACCUCCCGGAGGAAGAGUCAUCCGUACACCUGGCUCUGAUGCAGGUAGCGCGACCCACCUAGUCUCCCCUGAUAUCGCAGCUAUCGAAGUCUAUGAAGAGGAUGACAUUGUCAAGUCAGAGCAUGAUGUCGAAGUAGAGAGCGAUGUUGACGUGCCGGCUACGCGGAUUUCCACGAAGAAGAGGAAACUGCGGAUUAAGCCUGACCCGCCGGGUUCCACGCUUUCCACUCGACAGUCCCUGCGUGACCUUCGUGCUCACUUCCCCAGCAAGGACAACUUCUGGUUAGAGAAGUUCUUCUUUGUGAAGAUAGACGAGGCUUCUGUCGGUUCUAACUGGGUCAAUAAGAUCUUGACCGAAUGGAGGACUCGUGGUAGCGGUUCUUGUAGUUUUUAG